AUGUCCAACCAACCUCCAUGGCCUGCCCGCGAAACGUGCGAAACGACACGGUUCUUGAAGGAUAUCCGGAGCAAAGCCACCGACCAGGUCUCGGCAAUCCUUGACUCUCGGCUUGCGAUAUCAAAGACACCUUUUCCAGGAUUCUUUCUAUACUGUCAUGACCGCGACAGCAUACGCCCUUGA